AGGACCCUUUCGUAACAUUCACGAUUCUCCAAUAGCGAUUGACAAACUAUUCGUUACUAACUUGCUGUUGCAAUCAUGGGUACGGACAACAUUGUUGUGAAUAAGCACACGCUCGAGGGGCUUGAUCUUGGUGAUCCUCACACUAUCGAGCUCAUCCAGCGCGCUCAGGAUGGAAAUGCCGCCGACAGAGAUCUCACGAUCCGCAAAGCCCUUAAGAAAUACCGGAAGGCUGUGCUAUGGGCCUCGGUCCUGUCCAUCAGUCUGGUAAUGGAAGGAUAUGACUUGGUGAUGCUCGGGUCCUUUUACGGCCUGACUCAAUUCCAAGACCAUUUUGGCGAGUACAGCGCCAAAGAGGGCAAAAAAGUCAUCUCACCAGCCUGGCAAUCGGGCCUCUCCAACUCGUCACAAGUAGGACAAUUGGCGGGUCUGUUGAUCAACGCAUACGCGCAAGAUAAAUUCGGUGCUCGCACUACAAUGAUGGUUUUCAUGGCCUAUCUUGUAUGCACCAUCUUCAUUCUCGCCUUUGCACCGUCUCUAUCUAUUCUGGCGUUUGGCGAGGCAUUGUGUGGUGUUGCUUGGGGUGUUUUUCAGACUCUAUCUACUACCUACGCUUGCGAAGUCGUACCUACGAUUCUCCGUCCAUAUGUCACAGCAUGGGUCUGUAUGUGCUGGGGCCUAGGCAUCCUGAUUUCAUCAGGCGUGGUCCGAGCAUGUCUGAACAUCGAGGGUAACUUGGCCUGGAAGUUGCCUUUCUACAUCCAAUGGGUCUGGCCAGUGCCCUUAUUUUUCGUGGCAUACUUCGCUCCCGAAUCUCCAUGGAAUGCCGUCCGUCGCGGUAAACUCGAGCUCGCUAAGACAUCUCUACGACGACUUGCCUCAGACGAUGGAGACAGAGAAGGAGCUAUCGAGGCGAGCUUGGCGUACAUACAGCAUACAACAGCUUUGGAAAAGGCAGAAACUGGGGGAGCUUCUAUUAUUGAAUGCUUCAAAGGCACCAACCUACGUCGAACCGAAAUUAACUGCGUUGUCUGGGCGGCCCAGAUUCUCUGUGGUAACGCCAUUCUUGGUUUCGUUGUCGUUUUUCUCCAAGCCGCAGGCUGGUCACAGGUCCAGUCAUUCAACCUCAACAUUUCUCUCUCAGCAUGUUACAUCAUUGGCGGCAUGAUCUGCUGGGUCCUUUUCCCUCACUUCGGACGUGCAACCAUUUACAUGAGCGGCCUCGUCUUCAUGUUCUGCUGCCUUAUCGCUAUUGGAGCUCUCGGAUGGUCCACUAGCAAAGACGGUUAUCUUGCAAUUGGCCUACUCUUUGUGGUUUCGACGCUUUGCAAUAUGAUUACCAUUGGACCAGUGUGUUAUCCCAUUGUGGCUGAGACUCCUUCUGGACGCCUCAGGUACAAGACUAUUGUCAUUGGAAGAUUUGUGUAUAACCUCACUGCCAUCUUCAACAACUCCGUAACGCCACGGAUGAUUUCUGCAUCUGGCUGGGGUUGGGGUGCGAAGACAGGUCUUUUCUAUGCCGGAACGAAUCUGCUUUGUUUCAUUUGGUGUUGGUUUCGCCUUCCUGAGACAAAGGAUCGUACUUUUGGUGAAAUUGACAUUCUCUUUGAGAACAACGUACCAGCGAGGAGGUUUAAGUAUACCAAGGCCGACCAAUUCGCACUUGAGAGUGAUUAUGUUCAGGAAAAAGUUGGGCCAGCCGUUGACCAAAUCGAUUGAACAGCCGCAGAAUCAUCUCAAUAUCGUUCAGACAAUGCUCAGGUAGUGAAUCCCGGAGGAUAGGAAUUGGCGACAAUCCAUUUUGGUUUUAAUAAGUGUACCUUGCAACUCAGGGUAGUUCUGUGAUCAUUGUGCAUUAAGAUUAAGAUACAGUAUUUUCAAGCCUAC